AUUUAAUGCUGCACGUGCUUAUGGCAUGAUACUUACAGAUUGAGCAUUUUCUCGCUACGGACGGUUGAGAAAAAAAAAAAUCAUUUUUCCCAUUUUAUGUCUAUCAUUUUAUUCCGAUCGUAUCAAUAAAUCAUGACAAAGGGCCCUGGACGUCUGAAGAGUGGCGCACCAAAGAAGACCAAGCGAUGGAAGAAGGGGCAGAGCUGUGUCAGUAAUCCCACCGUGACCACUCAUCGGCAAGCGGCCACCGCUGAUCGGUUUCUACCGGGCCACGCGCACAGGCGCCCUGGCCCGUCAGCCGGCAGGCGAGAGGGCGGCAUGCAGCUGACCGAGAAAGCUCUAGCUCAUCACAAUGAGGACUCAGGAGACUUCGGUAUCAGCGACGAUGCCGAGUCAGCCGGAGGCGAGACCUACAAGACAUUCCUGAGCGGUGUCAGCGAUUGCUCCAAUCCUGCGUUUGACAAAGUGAAGCGGUACUGGGAGUCCAACGCGGCCUCACAUAAAGAGGUUUGUGCUGUUCUGGCUGCAGUUACUGAGGUCAUCAGAGAGCAAGGAGGCAAGGAGACAGAAACAGAAUACUUUGGAGCUUUGAUGACAGCUCUUGACAACGUAGAUAAUGAGGAGUCACUCUCUGCUAUUCUCUUCCUGCUCAGCCUCGUUAUCAAAAGAGUACCCACCUCAGUUCUGAGAGUGAAGUUCUCGGCCAUCAGCAAAUCCUUUCUGGACAUUCUGGCCUCCCACGCCAACCAGUCAGGGACCACCUCGCUGCGGUCUUGCCUGGUCUGUCUGAGCACGACGCUGCGACAGCAGGAUUACAGCAUGUGGAGUGAGCCCUCCACCCUGCAGGUGUAUCAUGGGAUACUCAGUUACACGAUCCAUCAAAAGCCUAAGAUUCGGAAGGCAGCCCAGCAUGCAGUUGGCGCCAUUCUGAAAGGCAGUAGUUUCAUGAUUGUCCAGGACUCCCCACCCUGCCACCCAGCCGCUGGCCCCACGGCCAAGUUCUGCAUACAGCAAGUAGAGUCAAGCGGGGGAGCUGGGGAGGUGGCCACAACGAUGCAUGUCUUGGGUCUUCUGAAGGACAUCAUGUCAUGCUUGUCUCAGAACAGCUUGAAAUCAGCAUGUGAGACUAUCCUGAGACUCAUGACAUUAAGCAAUGUGCUGAUGACCUCAGUUUGCAUGCAGGCCCUGCAUGGGAUGUUUACAGCCAAGCCCAAGGCUUCUAAUCUUCCUGCCGACCUCAACGCUCAGCUGAUCAACGCUCUGUACGACUACCAGCCAGGGGAGAAUGACGUCCAGCCUACCCAGGCCUGGCUGGCCGUCAUGGAAGCCGCUCACACCAACCUAGCCAGACUGAGCCAGAAGCUGUGCAUCAGUCAUUUGCCUCGUCUCUUCAGUGCUGCCAUGGCGUGCUUUGUGUCACAGAAGACUGAAAUCACUGCCUCUGCUUCCCAAGUCAUGAAGACCCUGUUGUACGAGUGUGUGAAGCCUGCCAGUGAUUGGUUGUCUAACGAGCUCCCCGGCAACUCUUCCACCCCGAUCCACAAGAUGUUCCAUACCAUCGAGGGUGGACUGUCUUACAAAUACCACUCCUCCUGGGGACUGGUGCUUCAGGUCACACGUGCCUUCUUCGAGGUCAUCGGUAAAGAGGGUCGCAACUUCAUGAAGAAAUGUCUGCAGUCCAUGUGUGACCUGAGGAGUACCCAUCAUUUCCCCUACGUUCAAGAAUUGGACCGUGCCGUGGGCAUGGCUGUGCGCACCAUGGGGCCUAGGUUUGUUCUGGGGGCUGUUCCACUCCAGAUUACGGGGGACGAGGAUAACUAUGACUUUCCUAGAAGCUGGCUGCUGCCCGUCAUCCGUGACAAUGUAUGCAACACGGAGCUGCAAUUCUUCACUAAGUAUUUCCUUCCCCUGGCGGCUAAGCUGAAAACAAAAGCUUUGGAGUACAGCCAGCAGGGACGCAAGGUGGAGAGUAAGACCUAUGACAUCCUUCAGUCCCAGAUCUGGUCCCUCCUACCGGGGUUUUGUAAGGACCCCGUCGACGUGUGUCCAGGGUUCAAGGGAAUCGCCCGCAUUCUGGGCUCGGCCAUCAGCGACAGAACGGACCUACGGUAUGAUGUGUGCUUGGCUAUCCGACAUCUCAUCACACGCAACAUGGACAAUGAGGAGAAUCGUGCGGAGUUGGCUCGCUUUGCCAAGAACUUCCUGCCCGUCUUCUUCAAUCUCUACACCAGCGGCAACGCCCGUGAGGACCCGUCCCUCGCCACCAUUCUUGAGACGGCAAAAGUCUACUUGAAAAUUGCAGAUCCGAAGCUUGUUAUCGGCCUCUUCGACAAACUGGCCAUUAAGCUUGUUGGCGAGGCAACGGACCAGCAUCCCCUGAUGGAUCUGACCAUUGCUCUCACCCCGCACCUGGACAUGGAUCACAUGACCAAGCUCUUUGACAUUGUAUCGCAGCUUCUCAAGAGCACCGAUCACACAGUGCAGAAGAAGGCCUAUCGAGUCCUGGAGAAUUUAUGUGAUGGUUCCACAGAGGCCGGACGCCAGUUUGUUGCAUCUCACCUACAGCAGCUGCAGGAGACACUAGUCACUUCUCUGUCAAGCUCAGGCCCAUCGUCCAAGGGGCCGCGUUUAAGAUGUCUCAUCCACGUUAUCCGUGCCCUGCCUUCUAAAAAUGAGGACUUCCUAGAGACCAUCAUCCCAGAGGUCAUUCUCUGCACCAAGGAGGUCAACUCCAAGACGAGGCUCGUGGCCUUUGACCUGCUGGUUGACCUGGGUCACGCCAUGGUCAGAUGGUCUGAUGGUGAGGAGACUAAAGAAGUUUGUGUGCGCCAGUACAUUGAGAUGCUGACGGCUGGUUUGGCUGGUUCCCCGCACAUGGUCAGUGCAACAGUGCAAGCUCUGACGAGAAUCGUGUUUGAAUUCAGAGAUGUUGUCCAAGGAGCCUUCUUGGGCCAGCUGGUGGAGGGAGUCUGCGCCCUUCUGCAGUCCAAGGCCAGGGAGGUCCUCAGCCCCACACUCGGCUUCGUCAAGGUGCUUGUUACCAUCUUGGAAGAUGUGACGUUGGCUCAAUAUGUUGAGCAGUUGCUAAUGAACAUUGGAAGAAUGGGUAACACCAACCGGAGAAACUUGCGCGUUCCGAUUCGCUCGAUCUACACCAGGUUUAUCAGGAAGUUUGGAUAUGAGAUGAUCUACAAGCUGGUUCCGGAAGACCACAAGAAGAUGGUGCACAACAUCCAGAAGAGGCAGGAGAGGACCAAGCGACACAAGGCUAUGAAGGAGAGGGAGGCAUCAGACGAAGAUGAGGAUGGAGAGGAUGAAACCCCAGCCCUGGUGCCUAGCAAACCCAAACCAGAGACUAUUGACGAGCUACUGCAGGACUCGGAGUCCGAGACCGACGACGAGGAGGAUGAGAAGGCCAAGGGCAAAGGUCAAAAGGUCAAGGGUCGAAAGACCAAGAAGCAGCUGGCCAGUAAGCAAGGGGCGGCCUGGUUGAAGGAAGGACAGCAAGAAGACACCCCUCUAGAUUUCCUGGAUCCCAGCGUCUCCAAGAGAGUACUGGCCACCAAGCCAGAAGAGAUAUCCACCAAGCCCUACACCGGCGUCAAGCACAGCUUCAAGACCAUGCCGGACGGCCGUCUGAUCAUCACCGAGCCUGAGAACGAGGAAAGCGAAGAGAAGGAAGGGAAGCAAAUAGGGAAGAAGAAGAAGAAGAAGGGAGGGCAAAAGGAAGAUGGGGAGGAGAUGAUGGACGACUUGGAGGAACUGAUGGAUGAGGAACUGGCUGCAAGAAAGACUGGUCGGAAGAGAAAAAUUGAGGACUUCAGUGUGAGUGAUGAUGAGGAUGAAACGCCCAACAAAUACCAAGCUGGUGGCAGUGGUAUUCACAGACCUGUGGCUGUUGCUAAGCGCACACUGAAAGAACCGGGAACGGAAUACAAGGCAAAGAAAGCAAAAGGUGACAUCAAGAAGAAGAACAAGCACGAUCCCUACGCCUACGUACCUCUCAGUAGACAGCAGCUCAAUCGAAGAAUGAAAGCCCAAUCUGCCGGAUUAUGGAAGAAGCUUGCUCCAAAAGGGAAGAGGGGUGCUAAGCAGUCCCAGAAAGGACACAAGAAAUGAUCCGAAGAGAACUCCCUGAAGAGACAUGCUCAAAAAAAAAAAUCCACUUUGUUUCUGUUAUCUCAUGAAUGCACAGCUGCAGUAUUCUCCAAAAUAAUUUGUGAGACAUUGCCAAAUUAUUUUUUUCCCACUUUCUGUGAAAUUUUCAUUAACCUUGCUUUAUAUAUUGGUGUUGAAGAGCAAGGUGUGAAAGUAACAGCCUGAUGAAUAAUUCAUUAAUAAAACUGCAUAAUAACAUUAAUAAAUAAAAAGGCUUUGGAGCAUUUCUUUGAUGAUCAAAGAAAUCCCAAAUUAGUUUCACCAUCUAUAAUAUGCAUUUGGUUUAAAGAUUGCAAAAAGUGGUAUCUUAGGCAAUACAGCAAAGUUAAGGACUCUAUUUAAAGAUGUAUGGUCUAUUUAAAGAUGCAUGGAUGUCUAUUUGAAGAUGUAUGGAGAUCCAUUAAAUCAAUCAUUUGCACAUCACAUGAUACAAACAGA